GAUUAUAUCUUUAUCCUUGAAAUUUAAAAACAUUUGCCAGGACAUGUCUUGGUGUUGAUGAUCUCUGUUGAACCUUCUCAGUCUCCAGUCUCAGGAUAAAUGAGGAGCUGAUUCUUAAUCCUGUCACAUUGAAUGGACAGCAAAUUAUGGAUGAACCUAUGGGAGAGGAAGAGAUUAAUCCACAAACUGAAGAAGGCAGUAUCAAAGAAAUUGCAAUCACACAUCAUGUAAAGGAAGGACAUGAAAAGGCAGAUCCUUCCCAAUUUGAACUUUUAAAAGUAUUAGGGCAGGGAUCAUUUGGAAAAGUUUUCUUAGUCAAAAAAAUCUCAGGCUCUGAUGCUAGACAGCUUUAUGCCAUGAAAGUAUUGAAGAAGGCCACUUUGAAAGUUCGAGACCGUGUUCGGACAAAAAUGGAGCGUGAUAUCUUGGUAGAAGUUAAUCAUCCUUUUAUUGUCAAGUUGCAUUAUGCUUUUCAAACUGAAGGGAAGUUGUAUCUUAUUUUGGAUUUUCUCAGGGGAGGAGAUUUGUUUACACGCUUAUCCAAAGAGGUGAUGUUCACAGAAGAAGAUGUCAAAUUCUACUUGGCUGAGCUUGCACUUGCUUUAGACCAUCUACAUAGCCUGGGAAUAAUCUAUAGAGACUUAAAACCAGAAAACAUACUUCUUGAUGAAGAAGGUCACAUCAAAUUAACAGAUUUUGGCCUAAGUAAAGAGUCUAUUGACCAUGAGAAGAAAGCAUAUUCUUUUUGUGGAACUGUGGAAUAUAUGGCUCCAGAAGUAGUUAAUCGUCGAGGUCAUACUCAAAGUGCGGACUGGUGGUCUUUUGGUGUGUUAAUGUUUGAGAUGCUCACUGGUACACUACCCUUCCAAGGAAAAGAUCGAAAAGAAACAAUGACUAUGAUCCUUAAAGCUAAACUUGGGAUGCCACAGUUUUUGAGUCCUGAAGCCCAGAGUCUUUUACGAAUGCUUUUCAAACGAAAUCCUGCAAACAGAUUAGGUGCAGGACCAGAUGGAGUGGAAGAAAUUAAAAGACAUUUAUUUUUCUCAACAAUAGAUUGGAAUAAACUAUACAGAAGAGAAAUUCAUCCACCUUUUAAACCUGCAACUGGCAGGCCUGAAGAUACAUUCUAUUUUGAUCCUGAGUUUACUGCAAAAACUCCCAAAGAUUCACCUGGCAUUCCACCUAGUGCUAAUGCACAUCAGCUUUUUCGGGGGUUUAGUUUUGUUGCUAUUACCUCAGAUGACGAAAGCCAAGCUAUGCAGACAGUUGGUGUGCAUUCAAUUGUUCAGCAGUUGCACAGGAACAGUAUUCAGUUUACUGAUGGAUAUGAAGUGAAAGAAGAUAUUGGAGUUGGCUCCUACUCUGUUUGUAAGAGAUGUAUACAUAAAGCCACAAACAUGGAGUUUGCAGUAAAGAUUAUUGAUAAAAGCAAGAGAGACCCAACAGAGGAAAUUGAAAUUCUUCUUCGUUAUGGACAGCAUCCAAACAUUAUUACUCUAAAGGAUGUAUAUGAUGAUGGAAAAUAUGUGUACGUGGUGACAGAACUUAUGAAAGGGGGUGAAUUGCUGGAUAAAAUUCUUAGACAGAAAUUUUUCUCUGAACGAGAGGCCAGCGCUGUCCUGUUUACUAUAACCAAAACUGUUGAAUAUCUUCAUGCUCAAGGGGUGGUUCACAGAGACUUAAAACCAAGCAACAUUCUUUAUGUGGACGAAUCUGGCAAUCCAGAAUCUAUUCGAAUUUGUGAUUUUGGCUUUGCCAAACAGCUAAGAGCAGAAAACGGUCUUCUCAUGACACCUUGUUAUACUGCAAAUUUUGUUGCACCAGAGGUUUUGAAACGACAAGGCUAUGAUGCUGCUUGUGAUAUAUGGAGUCUUGGUGUCCUCCUCUAUACAAUGCUUACUGGUUACACUCCAUUUGCAAAUGGCCCUGAUGAUACACCAGAGGAAAUACUGGCACGCAUCGGCAGUGGAAAAUUCUCACUCAGUGGUGGUUACUGGAAUUCUGUUUCAGAUACAGCAAAGGACCUGGUGUCAAAGAUGCUUCAUGUGGACCCUCAUCAGAGAUUGACUGCUGCCCUUGUGCUCAGACACCCUUGGAUAGUCCACUGGGACCAACUGCCACAAUACCAACUAAACAGACAGGACGCACCACAUCUGGUCAAGGGUGCCAUGGCAGCUACAUAUUCUGCUUUAAACCGUAAUCAGUCACCAGUUUUGGAACCAGUAGGCCGCUCUACUCUUGCUCAGCGAAGAGGUAUUAAAAAAAUCACCUCCACAGCCCUGUGAAGUGACCUCAGUGAAAUAUUUGGUACCAUGGUGUAAGCUGAUAGCACAAGUUCUGGCGACAGGUAGCACAUAUCUGAGAGACACCUGCAAGCACACACUGUCCCAGCUGGUACCCAUAAUGCUGCUGCUCCUGCUGCUGCUCCCGCUUUCAUCUCUUCUCGCUUUACAUGAUUGUUAGCAAGUUAGAUUUUCCUGGAGCUUCGGAUGAAAUGGAAAUGGAAACAUGAUGAAGAUAUAUUCACUGAAUCAAUAAGAAGAAGAAUGAACAUAUGAAUACCACCUAAAAAUACACUGAAUAAAGUACUCUACACCAUAUAGCAUUAUUUUUAUAGAAAAUAUUUCAUGUCCCUUAAAUAUUCUUUGUUAGUUAUAGGGAUGGACAGUUUAUGUUAAGCACUUAGCUUAAACAAUCCGUUUAUAUUAGCACUGUAUCCCUUGUGCCAUCCAACAUUUUGUAUGUUUUUGUAAACAGUUCAUAUACAGUACAUUUCUGUACUGCUUUCUUUAAUGUAUACAUGCCUUGUUUAACUUGGAAUCUUUUAUUAAUAAUCAAUUGACUAUUAAAUCUGGUUAAAUAGUUCACCUGGAUUAACAGUAUUGUUGGACAGCGCUAAAAAUGGCCAGAUUGUAGAACAGCUGUUGAAUGUAAUACUUCCAAAAUGUACAUAUCUUUCCCCAUGUCUGUUUCACUGGUUCGUUCGUUUGUUACUUAAAGUCGGGUGCUCUGUCAGACUAACUUGUAGAGCUGUUACGGUAGAGAAAGUUAUAUGUCUGUGGCAUGACAUCAAGAGUACACCUAUGAAGUUAGUUCAUAUACUUUGCAAUUCUUUAGUGUUCUUUUUUUUAAUUAAGGAAGUAGUUGUUGCACUUUUAAUCUUAAAUAGUGUCCAUACUUAAAAUUGGCAUAUAAUUUGGAAUUUUGCCAAUAUACAUCCAAGGCCUGUGGUGGAGAAAUUGGCCAAGGAAAUUUUAGCAACAGGUCAUUCAAGUCCCAGUGGAUAUUUCAUGUUUAAGUAGAUCAAAUUGCAGAAUUUAGCGUAUGAAUAACAAGAUACCUGUUCUUGUAUACCUGUGAGAAAAGUAUGCUUUUUUGGAAAAACAGUAAAUGAGUUCUAUCCCAUUACGAUGCUUUAUAUUAAAUACUAAUUUGAGUGUAAUAAAAGCCACAGGCCUCUAUAUGAAAUUGGAUUAAAACUUUCUUAUUCUAGGGAAUAAAACAUUCUUGAUCAAACAAUAUCUGUUCUAACCUAAAAUCAUAGCUAAGGUAGAUUAAGUGAAUAUCUAGCAUUGAGUGUUUUCUGAAUUUCUCCUGAUGAUUUAUAGCUGUGUAGUACUUCCUUUAACUUCAGAUAUAAUCACUUUUCAUAAUGGUCACUGAGUCUGCUUAGAUUACAGUAUUAUCUACAUCUAAUGUGGUAGUUUCCAUAAUUUUAUUUGAUUAAAGAAAUUUCUGUAUCCAUUAUGACCUGUAUCUUUGCCAAGUUACCUAGCAUACAUCAAUAUGUAAUAUUGAAAACAUAUGAGCAAGGAUAAAGUAAUUUAACUUACCUCAUCAAGAAUGUGCCCAAACAGAUCUUCCUUCGUCAUGUAUUAAGCCAUUUAUAUCAGAAAUCUUUUUCCUGCCAGAAACUUUAAGUCUUUCACUUGAGAGUACAAAGCCAAGAAAGCGUGGUUUGUCUGUCUUGGAAGCACUUGUUAUUCCUUAAUUUCUCCUGUAUGCAAUUAAAGAGAAAGGAAAAAUCUAUAACAUUCCUUUUGCCCAAGUGA